AGAGACCAUUUCCUGAGCGUUAACGUCAGUGUGUAGUGCACCGGCGGCGGGUGAGGGUGAUAUCGCUCUCCUUCCCCUCUCUCGCACCUACACUAUCUCCUUCCUGUUUUGUUCGUUAUAUUCUGAGCGAGACGGUGACUACUUACCACUCACGGUGCUGUAUUGAUGGUGCAAAUGAUGGCGUUACAUAGAUAACGGUCGUGGUGGAGAGAAGGUGGAAGUAGCAAGGCAGGUGGGGGCGACGGAGAGACGAUGACGGGGCUAAGGCAGAGACUGCUGGUGGAGGGAUGGAGCGGCACUUGGGACCGCAUGUCCAGGACUAAAAAGGUGUCUACCGAUGCCAUGGAGACACCUCUCAAUAGGUGCCUGUCCACCCUCGACAUUACACUCUUAGGAAUUGGGCACAUGGUGGGGGCAGGAAUAUAUGUUCUGACUGGGACAGUGGCUAAGGACACCGCUGGCCCAGCCAUUAUCCUCUCGUUCCUUCUGGCAGGGUUUGCUUCCUUUCUGUCUGCUCUCUGCUAUGCAGAGUUUGGGGCCAGAGUACCCAAGGCAGGGUCUGCGUAUGUGUACACCUACGUCACCAUUGGAGAGUUCUGGGCAUUUGUCAUUGGAUGGAAUAUUGUCCUGGAGCACAUGAUUGGUGCGGCAUCAGUGGCUCGAGCAUGGUCAGGCUACUUGGAUUCCCUCUUUGAUGGUGCUGUAAGCAAUGCAACAAUAGCUAAUAUAGGCGAGAUGCAUAGUGGCUUCCUCGCGUCUUACCCAGACUUUCUAGCCUUUGCUGUGACACUUGUCUACUGUGGCUUUCUCACCAUGGGUGUCAAGGGCUCAGCUUACUUCAAUUCAGUCUUCACACUCAUUAAUCUUUGUGUAAUAACAUUUGUCAUUGCUGUAGGUAUGUCAUAUGCAGACAUUGCAAAUUGGAACUUGGAGGGUGGUUUCAUGCCGUUUGGAAUCUCGGGAGUAAUUUCUGGAGCUGCUACUUGUUUUUAUGCCUUUGUUGGCUUUGACAGUAUAGCUACUGCAGGUGAAGAGACAAAGGAUCCAGCCCGCUCCAUUCCCAAAGCCACACUGGUAUCUAUGAGUGUGGUGACAGUGGGCUAUAUCAUGGUUGGUGCUACACUCACCCUCAUGGUGCCUUAUUAUUCCCUCAACCCUGCUGCUGCUCUCCCUGAUGCCUUUGCCUCUCAUGGUGCAACCUGGGCCAAGUAUGUGGUGAGUGUGGGUGCCAUUUGUGGUAUGACUACUACACUGUUUGGCUCACUCUUCAGUCUUCCACGCUGUGUGUACGCAAUGGCCGUUGAUGGUCUUCUGUUCUCCUGGCUGGCUCGUGUGUCUGAUAAAACAAAGGUGCCCAUAAUCACACUAUUGCUAUGUGGGUUUUUUUCUGCUCUUAUCGCCUUGCUGUUUGACAUUGAGAAGCUAGUGGAAUUCAUGAGCAUCGGUACCCUGAUGGCUUACACGAUCGUCAGCGCCUCUGUUAUCAUCCUACGUUAUCAACCUCCCUCCAGGUGUAAUAUAAAAAGUCCUUCCCACACUCAAAUCACCACGCCAACACCAGGAGCUCUGCCCACUCCAACCACUCCUAUAGCUGAAUCGGGCAAAGGUGAUGAAGGCGGCCAGCUGAGGUCAUCGUGCCGAUGGUUGCUGCACCUGGUGGGGAAGCGGGAGGCAGGACUGGUGGUAACUUGGGCCGUCGUCAUCUUCACCACGUGCAGCUCUGCCCUCUGUUGUCUACUGCAGUUUGGUGGCAACUUCCUUUCUCUGCCAUACCCUUCAGUGUGGGCUAUUAUAAUUACAGUUAUACUGGUUUUUUUACUUGCCUUCAGUGUGAUUAUGAUUGUAGCCCAUCGUCAGAACCAGAUAGCACUGAGCUUCAGCGUGCCUCUCGUUCCUCUUCUUCCUCUCACCUCCAUCUUCUUCAACAUCGCCCUCAUGGUCCACCUCAACCCCAUGACUUGGGUCCGCUUCAUUGUUUGGAUGGUCAUAGGCCUCCUGGUGUACUUCAUUUAUGGUCAACAUCACUCCCGCGAGGGAGAGCCAGUCAGUAGCUAUUCUACCUUGCUGACGGAACCGACACCUGCCGGCGGUACUGUCUUCGGUUCGGUUCAACACACACUCUCUCAAGUCACUGCCAAGAUUGCUUCUGCUGCCACUGAGGACAAAAAACCCAUUGUUAAUGAAGAGGAAGUUGGGGACAAUGACUUAUAACUGGUACUACCAAAGGUUUUUGUCGGAUAUUUAUUCGUAAAGUUUUUCAGACUGAGUGAGUGUAAUUUUGGAAAUUUUAAGAUGACAAAACUAUUUAUAACUUAGAUUUAGAAUGUGAUUUCCCGUAAUAUGCAAAACAUGCAUUCUAAGUUUAUAAUAACUUAAAAUGCAAGUUUACUGAUGCCAAAGAAUAGGAUAUUCCUAAUUAUAAAUUUUAUUUUACAGUAUUUUUAUUCAAACAUAAAUGAUCAUAUAUUAUAUAUAUUAUAAGAUUACCAGACUAAAUUUUCAGAAAAGUGAUUGCUGAAAAUUAAAUAAUUUGUGUAAAAAAUUUUUUGUCAGCAUACUAUAUUAUCAGUUAUUUUAAUCAUGAAGGUAUGACCUUUUAUUUGUAACUUUCCUUUGUGUUCACAAAGCAGCUCCGUUAAGUUAUUGCUGCCAUAGAUUGUAAGUCAUAUAGGUAUCUUGGUAAAGUAUUUAUAUUCCAUGGAAGACUUAAAAGAGCACGUAAUACGAACAUACGUAAUACUAACACGAACAUUUCUACGUGUAGGUGUGUAAUGCAUAAUUAAUCAUGGCCCCCAUAAUGAAAAUGUUUAAAUGUACAUUAUAUUCGUCAUCAGUUUGUCAUAGUCUCCGUAUCAUUAAGAAACCACUUGAACAUAAGAUGCCUGUACAACAUAAAGAAUCGGGUAUAAAUCUGAAAGCUCUUAAGAUACAGUAUUUUAAUCUACAUGGAACAGAAUUUGAUUCUCAGCAUGUGUGAACAAAUUGUUCAGAAUUCAGAGUACAGUAAUUUCAAUUUCCAGCACCUUAAUAUCCUGUUCAUUACAUUAUAAAGUAGUAACAUGUUCAGUGUAAUUUGACAAUUUUAAUUGUAAGAACAGUCCUUAAAACAAAACAAAAUUAUCAGUUGAUUUACAGUUGAAGUGUGAUGGUAUUUAAGGAUCACAUUUACCUGUAAUAUGUUCAAGCACAACUUUGCAUUUUUCCAAAUAUGCUCACGAGUUAUUCUUAGUAUUUAUAUAAGCGCUUCACUCUUGAAUUAAACAUGUUUAAGUCUUAAGCAAAAAUGAAAAGGGUCAUCAUUAUUUCCUGUGUUUGCCUAUCACCCACUGUCUGUGUACUUCAGUUUUAAUUGAAAGAGAUUUUGCAUAAUCAUAAAUGUAGCAGAUUUAUUAUAUUUGACAUUGCUUACAUAAGUAAUCUGUGUGUAUUUGUAAGUUAUGACAUUGUAAAGAUUAUUACUAUAAAGUAUAAAAGGAUACAAACAUAUUAGCAUCUUUGUCCAUUUGAAUCUGUUUAAGAAAACUCAUUAAAAUUCUGAUAAUUUUUAUGCCAUAAUUUGUUUUAAACCGUCUCCAGUAUCUUGAUGCUAAUACUGUAUUAUGAUGUUGACCAGACCACACACUAGAAAGUGAAGGGACAACGACGUUUCGGUCCGUCUUGGACCAUUCUCAAGUCGACCGACUUGUCGUCCCUUCACUUUCUAGUGUGUGGUCUGGCCAACAUACUUCAGCCACGUUAUUGUGACUCCUCAUCUGCACUGUAUUAUGAUAACGCAAACAUUUUAGUUAUGUACUGAUCUGUCACACACACAGAAAUCACACUAACGGGAUAAUUCAAAUGUAAUGAUGUAAAGGCGAAGAGGGAGAACGGCCUAUUGACAUAGCUCGGUGCAGGGGGGAGUUGUGUAAAACCCUGGUUUGUGCCUCGGAGAGGCUGCGGGAUCCAGUAAGUUCAGUAGAACUUCAGUUUCAACUCUCUUAACCCUGUCGUAGCUCAGUCGAUUAAGGCAGUGUCUGGGAUGCUCCCGGACGCAGGUUCGAAUCCUCGUCACGGCCCUUGUGGAUUUGUUUACUGAUCUGUCUCUUAUUUAUGGAAGCACCGUAACAGGAAAAUUAAUAACAUCUGUCUCAAGUUCACUUGUUUUAAUCUUGACAUUUUGACUGUAGGAAUGUACAAAGUACAGAAUAACAAGACAAGACCUUGUAUUCUGCUCUACACAAACGUGUUCAAUUUUGACCCUCAAAAGGAUUAAAUACUUUACUUCCCUGACAUAACUAAAUUUUCUUUCCCCUUUGUAUUUAAUUAUUCUCCUUUGAACCAUAGAAUACAUGUCAUAUUUCUGUUUUAUUAAAUUACAUAUGCUAUGAUAAAUCUAAAUUACAUAUUUAUUUUUAUUCUCAUAUUGACAUCGCAAGUGAUAUUUUCUAGCUUUUGAAUAACCAGCGACAUAGAUGGUGCUACAUAGUCUUCCUGACUUGGUGCCUUCUUUCGAUAAUUAUUACAAUUUACAGAAAGCAUUUAGUAUUUUAUGUACAGUAUUUGUUUUGGAUUUGUCUGAGCAAGUCAUAGCAGUAAAAGGAUACCAUCAUGAGUGCAGUUUGGAAAAUGCUUUGUGCACUGUUUAGUGCUCAUCAGCACAUGUGUAUUAGAUUUAUAAGCUAUGUAUUUUUAGCGCAUAAUCUCCACAUAUAAGUUCCUAAUUUGUGUAUUAUUCCAAACAGGUAUAUUGCCAGGUCUGAGUAAAUUGUAUAAAACUGAAAGUGAUACAAAUUUUCUUGUUCUAAGGUUUUACUUUUCAUUGGGCUUAUUCAGUCUUCAAUAUUAAGUCAUGCAGCCUACUCCUUAUUUAUCUGUAAUGGUAAUUAUGAUCUGAAUGUGAAUAACAUUAGUUUUAAAAGGUUAUAUUUCUGCAAUAAAUAGUAGCCAAAGA